GUUAGGAGAUAUGUUGAAGGUGCAAGACUUGAAUGCCAUUUUGCGACAUUUGGGGAAGCUAAACAGGUGCCAGGAUCUUUCUCAGGUAAUUUUGACAACUUUAUUAAAGGUAUAUGUUAAAGGAGGCUUGUUUGAAAAGUCAAGAGAUCUAUUAGCUGAGCUGGAAACUAUGGGGUAUGCUGAUGAAGAGAUGCCUUACUGUUUAUUGAUGGAUGGCCUUGCUAUGGCUGGGCGUAUAGAUGAAGUUAAAUCACUCUUUGACAAAAUGAAGGGAAAAUCUGUCAGAUCUGAUGGCUAUUCCCACAGUAUCAUGAUUACGGCAUUUUCAUGGGGUGGUCUUUUGGAAGAGGCAAAGCAUUUGGCGAGGGAUUUUGAAGCUACCCAUGACAGAUAUGACUUGGUUAUGUUGAACACGACACUAUAUGCAGGGCAGGUGAAAUGGAAAGCGUAAUGGAAAUGCUAAAGAAAAUGGAUGGAUUAGCAAUCAGUCCUGAUUAUAAUACCUUUCAUAUCCUAAUCAAAUAUUUUUGUAAGGAGAAGUUAUAUCUGCUUGCUUACCAGACAAUGAAGGACAUGCACAGUAGAGGUCGCCAACCAGAGGAGGAACUUUGUUCCUCUCUAAUAUAUCAUCUUGGCAAAAUAAAAGUACAAUCAGAGGCAUUUUCUGUUUACAAUAUGUUGAGAUUUGGUAAAAGAACAAUGUGCAAAGCCCUUCAUGAGAAGAUUCUGCACAUUCUAAUAGCAGGAAUGCUACUGAAAGAUGCCUAUGUAGUAGUGAAGGACCAUGCACGGUUUAUUUCUAAGCCUGCAAUAAAGAAGUUCUGUACAACCUUUUUUAAGUCAGGAAACAUCAACUUGAUAAAUGGCGUUAUAAAGGCCAUCCAUGGUUGUGGCUACAAGAUUGAUCAGAGGAUGAUUGCAGAUCCUGCCUUAUAUAAGCUUCUUUUAGAGGAGGCUGCUACAAUUGGUUGUUCAGUUUGGUGGGAGUUGAAGAAUCGCAAGGAUAGGGGUGUGCUUUAUUUCAUGGAAAGGGAAAUGAAACUUUAUGACAUACCCAUUCAAUAUACUUAACUUCUUGUUUCUGCUUUACUAUGGUUGUACGAUAAAGCAAGAAUGGGAUCUGGCACUUAUUAAUGUGCUCACAGUAGCAACCUGCAAUGCCAUUGUUGUUUGGUCAUUCGAUUUGCAAAAUACAUUGCAGAAGCUCCCAAACAAUAUAUUUGAAAAGAGUUACCCACUUCGGGAAUUUGAUUUGCAAAAGAGAGUUCACUCGUUCUUCUACAAGGCUGCAGAGUUGUGUAUGGUUGGGUUAAGUGCUGGAGCAGUACAAGGUGCAUUGUCAAACGUUUUGGCCAGUAAAAAGGAGGGAAGGUUAUCUGUGACAAUUCCAUCUGUGAGCUCUAAUGCACUUGGUUAUGGUGCAUUUCUCGGUCUUUAUGCAAACCUCAGAUAUCAGCUGAUAUGUGGAUUUGAUAGAUCAAUGGCCAACCAUUUUGAUGUCAUCGCAGUGGCACUGUUCUUUAGCACAGCUUUGAGGAUUUUGAAUGUUCAAUUAGGAGAGAGAUCAAGUGUGGCUUGGCUAGGGGUAGAGGCAGAUCCACUGGUUGAUUCAGACAGUCUCUUGAAGGUUUACAGCAGGCCUCCAGAGGGCGUUGAUGAGGCGUCUUCGAAAUGGUUUAUAUCAAAGAAGGCAGUUAUUUCCGGGCUUGGGCUCCUUGGCAUCAAACAGGGAACUGUUGACUCAGUGUCUGACGGGCAACUGUCGUCACCGCCUGAGGCUUGGAGAAAGAGGAUUGUCCGGGAGAAGGUGACUACAGGUUGAACAUAAUAGUUUUGUUGAUGCCAUGACAGUCACAGUCCAAUUUUGCCGGCGAACUUGCUCGACAAAGUUAGAGCUGCAAGGAGGAGGUAGUGUCCCAUUAAUGAUUCCGUGACUGCUUCAGCCAUGAGGGGGCAGCUAAAACGAGCAAAAUUAAUGAACUAGAACGAGAAUAAUAUGUUUUUCUGGGGAGGAUUUCUUGAUUUUUCUUCUGUCCCUUAAACAACACUUGGACAUAUAAUAUCUACUUCAACUUCUUG